GUUCAGCCUGUAAAUGACGAAACAAAUAAUUCUAUACUAUUCAACUUCAGAUGGUCUACUACUCUUCAAGUAUUUUUAUCUCAGCUGGUCUGAGAAAGGAGACUUCUCAGUAUGCUACGGUAGCCACAGGUGUUGUAAAAGUCAUGUUGACCUUCGAAAUCAUCUCUGCCCUGAUCAUGGACCGGGCAGGCAGAAGAACUCUGCACAUGAUCGGACUCGUGGUGAACUUAUAAGAAAGACCCAUGUGGAAAUGAAUCUAGAAACCUCAGCUUAGGCUUCUAAAUCUCUUACCUUAUUAUUUAUGAUUGAUAUUUCAGGACCAAUACCUUGGUUCAUGAUGACUGAGAUGUUUGCGCAGGGUCCUAGGUCAGCCGCUGUCAGUGUUUCUGUGGUGAUCAACUGGCUGUGCAACUUUGCUGUUGGCUUAGUGUUUCCUAUUUUACAGAAGUCACUAGAAACAUAUUCCUUUCUGCCUUUCUCCAUCAUGCUGUUGUUGUUCUUCAUUUUCACCUAUAUGUUUGUCCCAGAGACCAAAAGCAAAAGUAUUUCUGAGAUUACCCAGCUGUUUAAAUCUCCCACUAUGGAUAGAUCAGAAUCCAGAAAUUCCUACAAAUGCUCAAAGAACAGAUACAUCACCCAAGUCUUGAUAAUUGAUCCACCUCUCUCAGAAAAAGGGACAAAAUAUUAUAUAGAGUCCAGCUACUUAUAGAAUUUAGGUGGCUGAACAAUUUGGCUGCUGUUUUAUUUUUUGAAAUGUUAGUCUUUUGAUUUAGUUUCAUGUUGUUGGAUAAAUUUGUUAUUUAUAACAUUUAAUUAUAAUAUGUACAGGGCUUUCAUUAUUAUAUUAAUGCAAAUACAAUUAAUCAGUUUUAAAAAAUAUAUUCAUCAUUUUAAAUGACAACUUUUGUUAUAUUGUUCUAAAUAUGUAUGAUCAUGUAUCAACAUACCUCAAUAGAAUUGUGAUAACACAACACAUGUUAUCACAACAGUUGUUUAUGAGAUACCAUUUUAUACAUUUAAAGGAGGCCAGAGACUUUCUUCCAAUAAAGUGAUUUAAAACUAUGUACCCCAUCAGUAUUUUAUAUUAUAUUUAUAAAACUAAUUAAAGCAGCUUUUUUCUGGCUGACAAUGUCUGUGCUGGAUGUGGCAAAAUAUGUAAGUUGCAGCUGAGGCUAGGUAGCCAUGGGAAAUACUGCUUUCAUUAAAUCUUCAGACUUGAAGACAAGCCUUAUUAUUAUUAAUCUGGUCAGUGAUUUUGGUGCAAUA